AUGGUUACACGAACAUUCGCUACUUUUCCUGGGAAGUUCAGUGUGGAGGAGUUCCCCCGGCCCAUGGAUGAUGAAGAUGGCCAAGGAGAAAGCGAUGCUGAUGUUGGUGAAGGGAAGUCAAGCGCAGGUGACUGUUGUGAAGAGAUGAACAGACUGCUCCCUGAGCUUUUUGCUCAGUCUCUUGUCAUCCAGCAGCUCCAGGCUGAACUUGCCCAGCAACAAGCAAACAUCCCACCAUCACCACAACCGCACACCCAGUAUUCAGACUGUUCCCAGGUGUUUCAGGACGGGAACCUGGCCAGUGGACUGUACGCGAUCAGGCCACAGGGCUCUGCUGCGUCGGUCAUCGUUUUCUGUGAUAUGAGUGAUGGAGGGGGAUGGACUGUCGUUCAGAGGAGGACAGAUGGCAGCGAGUCUUUUGACAGGGCUUGGCUGGAGUACAAACACGGUUUUGGGGACCUCUUCUCCACAGACGGAGAGUUCUGGUUGGGGAAUGAUCCUUUACAUUUUCUGACCACACAAGGAGAUUACACCCUUAGAAUCAACAUGGAAGACUUUGAUGGCAAUAAACGGUUUGCUGAGUACAGAGAUGUUAAAGUAGGGGAUGAGAAGGAUGACUAUGAGCUCCGGCUGGGAGAAUACACAGGCAAUGCCGGGGAUUCUCUGUCCAAUGGCCACAACCGCCCUGCAGGCCCGUGGACCGGCCCGCAGAGCUCGGGCCAAGGUCUUAAAUUCAGUACCUACGACCACCCAAGCCAACCAGACGACCCAGAGUGCAUCCACCACAACACCAAGUCCGGCUGGUGGUUCAGCAGGUGUCACUCUGGUAACCUGAAUGGGCAUUACCAUAACGGACCAUACCAAGCGCUGACCGACGACGGGCUGGUAUGGUACACCUGGCACGGGAUCUGGUACUCCAUCAAAUCCGUGGUCAUGAUGAUCCGACCCUCUGGCUUUGGGGAGACCACAGACAAAGGACAAUACGCACAGCAUGAAGCGUUUUCUCCCUGA